UUAUUAUAUUAAGAAAAAAAAAAAGAAAAAAAAAAAACUCUCACUCUCCACGUCUUGUCUUGUCUGGUCUUCCUCUGUUCUACAUUCACUUCCUCAAUAUCCCUUCUCUCGCAGGCAAAUUUACUUCUCUCGAAAAUCGAAGAAACAGGGACAGUUACAGAGGAGGGUUAAAGUUUCUGCUGGUGUUGUUUGGAGGCCGACGCUGUUGUUGUUGUUUGAUUGUGGAAAUGCCGCUGUCCAGGUAUCAGUUGAGAAAUGAGUACGGUUUGGCCGAUCCGGAGCUGUACAGAGCUGCCGAUAAAGAUGAUCCGGAAGCUCUAUUGGAAGGAGUUGCCAUGGCUGGCCUCGUCGGCGUAUUGCGCCAGCUUGGCGACCUUGCGGAGUUUGCUGCUGAGGUUUUUCAUGAUUUGCAUGAAGAAGUAAUGGCGACUGCAUCUAGAGGCCAUGGCCUAAUGGCUCGAGUUCAGCAGCUUGAGGCUGAAUUUCCUUCAAUUGAAAGGGCAUUUCUCUCUCAAACUGAUCAUUCACCAUUCUUUACUAAUGCAGGCGUUGACUGGCAUCCUAAUUUGCGCAUGGAACAGAAUCUGAUCACUCGUGGAGACUUACCUCGUUUUGUAAGGGAUUCUUAUGAAGAAUGUCGGGGUCCACCACGGUUAUUCCUUUUGGACAAGUUUGAUGUUGCGGGUGCUGGAGCAUGUUUGAAGCGUUAUACUGAUCCAUCAUUUGUUAAAGUUGAAGCAACAUCCUUUGGAGUACCAGCAUUGGAUGUUCAAAGAGAGAAGAAAAUCCGAAAAGUGAAGAAGAAAGGAUCGCGUUGGAGAAAUGGAGAAACCCCUGAAGUGCCAACAUCACAUGCCAAAUUGCAUCAGUUAUUUUUGGAGGAGCGGGUUGAGAAUGGUCAUUCUGACCCUGCACGUCUUGUGAAAUUGAAGAGAAGGCAGCUAGAUGGAUCUCCAUUUGAUCUGAAAUCGGGAAAAAGUUACAUGGAGAAAUUCCUAGGGACUCCUUCACCAGAGCAUAAAGUAGUUCACGAGGUUCCUGUUAAUCCACUGCCAUUGCAAUUGAUCUUGGAUAAUUCUGAUGACUCAGGGCUUGAGAUAGUUGAGAUAAUUACUGUAAGUCCUGUUAAAAAGUCAUCAGAAGGAAAGGAAAGCACGUGUUUAUCUCCUACUUCACCACAAGUUGCAGUAAAACCUCAUGGUCAUGAAUUGAAUGGGGAGGCUAUUAAUAGAGAAAUCGUGAAGGUCCCUGAUCCCGUUGCUGGUGGUGAGGCAGAUGAAUCUCCAUAUGUCAUUCAUAAGGUGGCAACUGAAAGUGAAUUAGCAGUUGAUGCAGAGGAGAGAACAGAGGCAAGUCUUGAUGGGGAUCAUUCUGAUGACUUGAUUAGUGAGGUGGAUAACUACAUGGAUGCUCUUACUACCAUGGAGUCAGAAUUGGAAACAGAUAAUGAGUACAAACUUAAAACUGAGCAGGUGUUCUUAAAGGUUGGAGAACAUAGGGCAGAUUCUGAUGCAAUUGAGGAACAUCUAGACGUACAAGCUAAUUCUUCUGAUUCUCAGUCAUUGGGGAACUACUCUAUGUCUGAUGAUGGAAGAGAUUCAUUUAAGAAAGGGCAAUCUAGUUUUUCCUACUCUGAUUCUGUUAGCAAUUUUGCUGAGAACAUACCAUCGGACAUUGAAGGGGUAGUGAACAUAUUCCCUUCAUCUGUUCAAGCAGGGAUUCUAGAUUCACCAUUUGACCCUCCAUCUGUUGAUAUGGAGACUCUAGGAAAUCAAUCUAGUGAGCUUGUCAUGGCAAAUGAGAAGUGCAUUGAGGAAGACACAAUUCCUAGCGCUGGAGAAGCAGCUCGUAGUUUGUGUCCAUCAGAUUCGGAUAAUUUGCUUCUACUUUCAGUCCCUGUUGCAAAUUCAGUUGUGGUGGAUACCAAAUCAGAUGAAAUAUCCUCCUACAUUAAAAUUAGUCCCAAGUCACCAGAAAUUGACGAUAAUGUGUCCAGUUUACUUGAUUCUUCCAUACUUAUAUCUGAUGUUCCUCCACAUGGAGCGCAUGAUCAUUUACUUACAGUUUCUUCUGAAGGUUGUCUUGUGGAAGAUUCGGAUCAUGAAGGUCCCAAUAUUGUUUUACAUACUUCGGACAUGGCAGAUAUGGAGAAGAAAGAAUCUGAUGUCUCUGUGAAAGAAGUGCUUCAAACAGAUUGUGCAGAUGGAAUUGAUGGUGUAAUUUUGGUUGAAGGAAAAAUUGACUCUCCACAUGCAGUUAUUUUUCCAUCAACAGAGCAGAUACCUUGCUCAAUUUUGCCAGAAGUUGAUGUGGAUUUAGGCGUCACACUAGCGUCCGAAAGUUCAGGCAUGGUAAACCCUGUUCGCAUAGAUUCUGAAGUUGUUGAUGUCGUUGCAGGAGCUAACUCUGAAAAUUUAAGGGGUAUUGCGGAAACUCCAGAGGUUGAUAGCAUUGUGGAUCAUCAAUGCUCGGAUAUAGCAAUUGAUGUGUCACGGAUUGAAUAUGACUUGAAUGAAGUAGGAAUAACAUAUUCUAAAGAGAUGAGUCUUGAAGAAACUUCUGGGGCUGAUGAUGGUGAGGAAAUAGGUGAACCUGCGAGCAAGUUGGAUGUAAUGCGCGGAGAUUCUGUCCCUUUCGAGCAUCCAGCUAAUUAUUCAGAUAAACAAAUUCCUGAUGAGCAUGUAAACUUAAAAGAUGAUGUGGGCGCAUCUCCUGGUAGUGUUACUGUCACCAUUGGGGCUAAUGAUGAUGUUAAUGAGGCUAAUAACCUUUCUUCAGAUUUGGUUGUCUCUUCAUCCAGUAAUCUUCCACAUAUUCAAGAAUCUCAAACUGGAAAUGAGGGUGCACAUCAGAAAGGAUUGGACUUUAGCGAGGGUGCGCAUCAGAAAGGAUUUGACAUUAAUGUGGGAGCUUUUCCAGAAUAUUGUCCUGAAUCAGAGGAACAAAGGGAAGUUGCUCCUACAGUUUUGAACUCCAGUCCAUAUGAAUUAGUCUCUGAUGACCAUUCCAAUGUAGACGUGCUUGAACAUGUUCAUGAGUCGGCCAUAGCUAAUCAAACACAGCACUGCUCAUAUAUCAGUGAUGAUACUGUUCCAUCUCCAGAAGUAAGGAAACUGGAUUUGGAAUCAACAGAACAAGCAAACUUGAGGCAUUCUAUUGAUACUAGUGAAGAUGCUGUGUGUUCAACUACCUCUCAUCAAUCAGAAGUGGAAACUUCUUUAGAACACUCCAUGGAGUUGCCUGCUGAUCAAAUUCUCGUAGGAUCUGUGUGUGGAGUUGUGGAUGAAGCAAAUUUUGAGUCCUUGGAUCCUCAGAGUACAUCUCCUUGUCACCUUCCAGGGUCUGGACUUCCUUCGGAGCCAUUGCUGGAAUUGCAAUCUGAUCAACUUGACAAGGGAUAUCUGCAAGCAGAUGAAGCUAGUCCUAAGACAUCAGAUCUGCAGUCUGAACAGAUGCAGACUGUGAGCAACAUAGAUAAAAAAAGAUGGCCCAUUGCUUCUCCUGAACAAGAUGCUACUUCAAGCCUAGAACUUCAAAUCCCACCAGCAGGUCAAGAACUCAAUGAUACUAUGUCGAGAAGGAAUCCGUUUGAUUCUGUCUUUCCUAGCUUUUGUGCACUCCCUGAGAAUCUGGAGGAGGUGCCACCAUUGCCACCCCUACCUCCUAUGCAAUGGAGGCUAGGUAAGGUUCAACCUGCUCCAUUAGCUUCACAUAGAGAAUGGAUUGAUCAUGGUGUGGACACAUUGCUGCCAACACAGUCAUCUGCAGCUGAUGGGAAAAUACGAUUUGAUUCCCUGUCAUCAGGUACAGAGAUUAUGCAGCCUCCAAACACAUUUUCCAAUAAUAUUUGUGCUGAUAUUCAGAAUCCACGACACAUGUCUACAGAGCCAGUGGAAAAUUCCUUGAUGCCAACUCCACUCUCAUUGGAGAUGCCUGCUGUUGUUUGCAAUGCAAACUGUCUAGCAUUUUCAUUAGAGAGACAACAAUCCUUGAACCCAUUCUUGGCAUCACCUGAAAUAAUUAAUGACCGGCCUGAGGAUGGUUCCCUUGCAUCAGCAGGAAGACCAAUAGAAUCUAGUUCAAACCUAUCAUCACCAGUGGUAGAUGUAGAGUAUAUACUCAAUGAACAUGAUCCUUUACCCUCACGUGGCCUUGAAAUUAAGCCCUCAAAUCGAUUGACAUCCGAAUUGAUUUUAGAGGCGAAGGAACCUGAACACAGUUUGCAAAAUUCAGAAGAAGAAGAAAGGGAUAGUCAUGAUAAAUCUGUAUCACCUCCAAUUAUGCUUAAAGACCAACAGCAUGAUUCAGUAACCUUGCAUGGAGAAACCACAUGGGCACCAAGUACAUUAGCUUUCCCACCAAUCUAUGAAGUUGGAAAGCCAAAUGGUAGCAAGCUUCCUCGUCCACGGAAUCCUCUCAUUGAUGCUGUUGCUGCACAUGACAAAAGCAAGUUGAGGAAGGCAUCAGAACGAGUUCGGCCUCAAAUUGCACCAAAAGUAGAUGAAAGAGAUUUGCUACUAGAACAAAUACGAACUAAGUCCUUUAACUUGAAACCUACAGCUGCGAUGAGGCCUAGCAUUCAAGGUAUUCAGAAUCCAAAAACCAACUUGAAUGUUGCUGCCAUAUUGGAGAAAGCAAAUGCAAUUCGCCAGGCAUUGGCCGGAAGUGAUGAAGACGAUGAUACAGACAGCUGGAGUGAUUCUUGAGCAACUUGCUCAAGUGCAGCAUUUCGCCAUGGUGGUUGAUGCCAGCCUUAAUUACAUAUAUACUCUCCCUUAAGUGAAUAACGAGCUCCAGAGUUUGGGUAUUCUUUUCUUCCCUUCACUAUAAAUUCAUGUAUAGUCUCUGUUCCACUCGUCUUCCUUGUCAUUUGCAUUUGUCGAAGAUGCUCUGGCUGGUGUGAAGCCUCCUGCUCUUUCUGAGGAACCCAAACCAAGGCAAAAUGUUUAGUUUACAAGAAUGGCUCUGCGUGCAAGCGCUUAUCCAGUCAAAAUGUGUGCAUAACAAUAUUGUAUCUCGGUAGGUGUAAAUUGUGUUGGACUGGCGUAAAUUUUUUGAGGUGUAGCGCACUUCUUAUGGAAUUUUGUAAUUUGUAUGUAGUGAUUUCGCGAUAUAACCUCUGCUCUAUUUGGAAUGUCCUCUGGUUUAUGGAAUGAUUGUACCAGGUUUGCAUGAUUUGUUACAGAAUUAUUCUAGUUAUGAAUUAGAUGUAAUGGGGUAAUUUUUAUCGA